AUGACAGUAAUUAAUAAAGAAUUAUUUAUAAAUAAAAAAGUUUAUCAAGAUAAUAAAAUUGAAAAUCAAACAUAUGAAUGUGUAAUUGAUCAUAUUGGUGAUGAAAAAUAUGUAAUAUUAGAACUUACACCUUAUGUAACAACCGAUAGUGAAGGUAAACCAUUAAAAUAUUUAGAGAAAAGAUAUGUUUUAGCAUCAACAGAUACAGAAGCCUAUCAUAGUGGUCAAAAACAAUGGUAUGUAGAAAACACCAAAGAAUUACAUAAAAAGAAAUGGAGAUCACCAGAAUGUUUAGGUGGAGGAAUCAUGACAAUUGAUCAAAAUAAUAAAUCAAUUAAAACUUUUGGAACAAGUUAUGGUUAUGGUGAUCCACCAAUUGAAAUCCUAAAAUCAAUCUUAAAUACAGUUUAUCCAAAUUAUAAUCUUGAUAUUACAAUUACUUCUGAAGUUAGAGAAUUAGUUAAACCAAAACAUAAUGGAUAUUAA